AUGUCUUUGCUACCUAAUCAAUCUCAAGAACCAUCACAUCAUCCAGUAAGAACUAACACUCAUUUUACUUUAUCAUUUCAACACUCGCAUCAACAUCAACAAGAACAACAAUACAAAGAUGAACAUGAGAUGACUUCACUCAGAAAUCCUAAUCAAGCCAAUUCAUCAAAUAACAAUAUUAAAAAACUAUUCCCAAAACGAUCCUUUGGUGACAUAGCGAUGACAAAACCAAACAAGCGCCGAAGAAUGAUCUUGAUAGCAAUGAAGAUGAUGGUCAAGGUUUUGAGGUUUGUCAAGUUCAAAGAUACCACGGAAUGUAAAGAAUCAGAUCAUCGUCAUGCAUAUUGUACGGCCUUACGAUAA